UUGAUGGGCUUGACGAAAAAUAAAAAUGUUUCAUUAGAAGAAUGAAAAUUCCCUGAUAAGCCAACUAUCGCGUCUUCUCAGUUGUUCUUUUGUAGGUUUGAAAGUGAUUUUAAAACAGUGAAGAAUGAAAAAAAACUGCGGAACCGUGUCAGAGAACUUUUUCAGCGUACUGCAAACCAUUGAGGCAGGUAAACCAGUUCUUUCGGUUGUACCUCAGAGAUGGGUGCAGGGAAAGUAUUUAUUCUGGCCAGAUCGCAAUGCUGAAAAAUUAAACAAAGACCCGUCAUCCCGUCCGGCUUCCAGCUGGAAUAAAAUAGUAUGCUCAGUAAAGGAGCGACGCAUAAAUAACUUUUUUGAAGCGGAAGAGGCAGCAGCAAAUUUAUCCGGUGCUACAACAGAUGUUUCCGAUGCUGGCCCUCCAAUCCCGAAAAAACCUCGUUUGAAACGCACACAUCAAUUCAAUCAUCAAACGAAUCCUAUAAAAAGUGACAUGGACUUCAAUCAAUGUCUUGCGAAAUCUUUCGAUGGUUCGAACGUCACAGGAUCAUUACCCGUUUCUGUAAUAUUAGAAACUCCGGUAGAAACGGAAUCUGCAUCUGCACAUAUAAAUUUACUAGAGGAAGCAAGAGAGGUAUCCUUUCCAAUCGUUUGUAUUGAUGAAAACCUGCCGGCAAAUUAUGACCUCAUGUCAUUCAACCUAGCUCAGAAUGCCGACAAUUGCAUAGAUCUUGCGAAGCGAGAAAUUUUGGACAAAUUGGAUAAAAUUAAGGAGGAAGUUCGGGAAUCGAUAGUAGAUGCCGUUAGAAGUAUGUUCGUAAAAACAGUAGCUACUUUGAAAAGCGACCUGGAAAUUAAAUUGGCAUUCAUGCGACAGGUUACAAUGACAGGAACUCUUGUUCAUAACUUUCAAUUCGAGCCAGUCAAAUCAAUUUCGGAUUUAGAAAAUUUGGAACAAAAUUUGGAAAAUUCAGAGUAUAUGGAGAAGUUUUAUAACUAUAUGAAAUCUGUAAUUGGACCGCAAGGUGAUCCUUGCAACGGGCUCAAUGUAUGCUACGAUUUAAUUGACAACAUCUUCGAACGGAAAUUUAUGGUUUGUGCUCUUGGGCGGGUACGAGCCGAAGCGAGCAACCAAAAUAUGCUAUCAAAGAAUUUAUAAACAGUCUCAGCGCUUUUUUUACUAUAGUUAAAAGCGUAAACAAUAAUUUUUCCAUCAAAAUGAUGGAAAGUUUUUUCAAAUCCAUCACUAAAAACGCGAAAAAACGAAGCGAAGCGAAGGGAUUGCGGAUGUCAACCGCUCAUCGUCGAACAAAGAAGCCGAAAGCUGGUCCCACUAAUUUCUCAAUAGAUGAAAUCGCUAUCUUAAAUAACCAAUCUUCUGAAGAAAAUGGAACAGAAACGAGUAGUCUGAAAGAGAAUGAUGAGAAUGACGAGAAUGGCGUAAGUGACGAAAAGGAACGAGGCUCGAGGAAAAUAUAUUGUUUAAUAUAUAUUGUAGAUUUAGUUAUGCGUAAGUUUAUCUGCUAUCAUAAUUUGUAGUCAUUAGCUUCAUGGUUGAUUUCAAACCCAUAUUUAAAUAAUUAACUGUACUUAAAUUAAUUCUUAUUUAGUUUUACCAUAUUGAAUAUAUUUCUUUUUACUAUGUUUAGUACAAUUUUCUGCUUUUUAUACGUACGUGAGAAAUCAAACGUAAAGAAUCAAACAAUUAAUCUUUAAAAAACAGUCUUGCUUUCUAUGCUACAU